AUGGAGGUCACAGCUCUGUGCAUCAGACUGAUGAUGAAUGUGAUGGUUGUGCAUGUUCACCUCAGUUAUUCUCACAGAGCAGUUUUUCCUCAGGUUGUUCCAAACAGACUCCAGUUCUUUGAAUACGAGUCCAUCGUGAUCAGCUGUGAGGGACUGGAGGGGCUGUCUGGGUGGAGAGUGAUGAGGAAGCUCAUGGGAGUCAGUACAAUCUGUGCAUCCAGCUGGGAGACGUACACCGGAGCCUGCACCAUCAAAAACGCCUUCGCAGCAGAGAGUGGAGAAUACUGGUGUGAAGCUGCAGGGAGGAGGACAGGCGACGCUGUCAACAUCACUGUCACUGCUGGUUCUGUGAUCCUGGAGAGUCCUGUUCUUCCUGUGAUGGAGGGAGAUGAUGUGACUCUGAGCUGCAGAAAAAAGGCAACGUCUUCCAACCUCACAGCUGAUUCCUAUAAAGACGGACUCUUCCUGGGCAGCAGCUCCACAGGAGAGAUGAUCAUCCCCAGUGUCUCCAGGUCUGAUGAAGGACUGUACAGGUGUAACAUCUCUGGAUCUGGAGAAUCACCUCAGAGCAGACUGACUGUCAGAGGGAGACACUCUGACUCUGCAGUGCAGAAAGAAAACCUCCUCCAGCCUCACAGCUGA